UGAAGACCGAAUUCCUCCAAAAAGACCUUCUAGUUCAAAAGAAAUAAAAUAGUUGCCACGAGUCCCGUCUUGCUUGCAUAACGCCCUACUACACUUCUAGUUAUAGUCAACAAAGAGCCGUCGUUGUCUACAAUGUUCCAAUUCGACUCCACUCCAGCGCUCAUAGUGGUCGACAUGCAGAACGGCUUCUGCCACAAGGAUGGCAGCUUCGCAAGACUAGGAAUAUGGACUGACCCAACAACGGUUGCUCCUCGUAUCAAUGAGCUACUCUCCAAAUUUCGCGCUACUGGACUCCCUAUCUACUUCCUGAAGACAGGAUACAAGGCCGACUACUCGGAUAGACGCGGUCGCGAUAGACAUGAUCGACUCGAACAAUUCCAAGGUCUUUUACAGGGGUCUUGGGAUGCCGAUAUUCUAGACGAACUCACGCCUGAGCCCGACGACAAUGUCAUCAAUAAGACAAGAAAUUCUUGCUUCUUUCGCACGUCGCUGGAGAAUACACUGAGAGAGCGAGGAGUCGACCAUUUGAUUUUGACUGGGGUGGGAACCGAUGUAUGUGUAGAGACGACGGCAAGAGAUGCCUAUCAAUUGAAUUUCGCCGUCACUACCAUAAGUGAUGCUACCGGGACAUGCAAUGAGUCGGACCAUCUAGCCGCUCUGCACGCCCUGCGAAAUUUUGGUGGCAUAGCGUCGUCAUCGGAAGUGAUUGAAGCCUUGGAGAAGCUACGAAACUCAAACCAUGUGUGACGGCAGGGGCUUGGACCUUCGGUGCAUGUGCUUACGCGUUUGCCUAGUACUUAGCGUAUAGGCUGUUGAACAUUAUGUAAUGCACCAGCCACCCCAAUUGCCUGGGCAUAUAGUUCGGCCUUAUGCCUCGAUUACUUGUUCAAUAAACCAUCUCAAACAUCAAACUAUCGCUCUUCUUGUGCUCUGUUCAAUACAGGCCACACAG